AUGGCUAGAGAAGAGGAGGACGAUCGAAGCGAGUCGGGCAGUGACAGCGGAAGCGACUCCUUGGUGUCUAGCGGCUCUGAUGCCUCCAGUGUGGACUCCUCUCCCACUGAGAGGCGCAGGAAGGCAGCGGCUGCUAAGGCAGCUGAGCGGAAACGGAAAGAGGGCUCUGGUGACAACAACUCUCGGCCGAAGAAGAAACCAAAAGCGUAUAAAUUCCUCGACUUGGAGGCUGGGGAGGAGGACUCUGAUGAGGAGGAAUUCGAGGAGGAGUCAAGGCCGUCCAAAGGUCGGGCAGCGGCUCAUCAACAGGAUGACUGGGCUAGUCGACCUAAUCGGGGACAGAAGAGGUUUGGAGACCUUAUUCAGAGAUGGGAGGAGCGUGCGAAGAAUGAGGAGCAGCAAGCUGAGCAUGCUGCUGCUGAACAUGAACAGAGGCGGGAGGUCGGAGAGCAAAGACGAGAGAUAGAGGCCAGGCGACAAGCAGCAGCUGCUGCAGCGGCUGCUAAGAUGGUGCACCCUAGUAGACAGAGGAAGGAGGGGAGCGGGGGUAGGAAGCGACUUGAGGAGAGGAGGGCUGCUAAGAAGAGGGAACAGCAGCGCUCGGGAGCGGCAGUGAGUUCACCGUCCCCAUCUGAUGGGGAGAAGAGGGAGCAUUCGUUGGGCGAGCUACCUGAGGCGGGCCCUCUGCCGGAGCCAUCGGAUUCGAAGUUGUUCUUGGUAAAGUGCUUUGAUAUCGGCCACGAGAGGGAAAUCAUCACACGCCUUAGUACGAAGUAUGAGCAGUUUCGAAAGAAGGGCGUCAAGACGGGUAUACUAUCAGCUUUUGCAAGUGAUAGUUUGAAGGGCUAUAUCUACAUAGAAGGCAAGAGUGUUAACCAUAUCAAGAGGUUCGUAACCGGCAUACGGCAGAUUAACACUAACUCUGUGAAGGUGGUACCGGCCACAGAGAUGCUUGGAGUCUUCCGCUCUGCACAGGAAGCAGCUAAAGGGCGCUUUGUGCCACUGAAGAUGGGGGAGUGGGUCAGGAUUAAAAGGCAUCCUAUUUAUAGUAAUGAUCUCGCUCAAGUAGUUGAAUGUUUCGACAUGGACGUUGAGGUCAAGAUUCGGCCUAGGAUCAACUAUGAAGAGGAUCCGAGGGAGGCUCAUUCGGCCUUAUUCGGUCGGAGGACUACUAAGAAGCCCCGACCCCACGCGAGUUUCUUCGAUCCGAUCGAGGCUGAGAAUAGGGGAGGACAAGGCGCGGUAGAGCGAGUGAGAUACCGCACGGCGACUAAUCCUAAUGAGGUAUUUGAUCAGUAUAGGAACGAGAGAUAUAAGGACGGGUAUCUCUAUCGCCGAUUUAAGCGCAACGCUCUUCUUACUGGUGAUGAUGUUCAACCGAGUAUCACUGAAAUAUCCGAGUUCUUGGGAAGUGCAGCGGCAGGCGGAGAAGGGCAAGCUUUAUUAGCUGCUGCGGCUGCGUCCAUGUCGGAGGCAUCGGGUAGUCGUGCAGCAGCUGCGUUGUCGGUUGGAGACUCGGUUGUGGUUAAUGGUGGCGAUAUGAAGAAUCUCCGAGGGAGAGUGGUAACUAUUGAUACUGAUCGAAGACGUGUGAAUGUGGAUCCAGGACAUGGACGGGCUCAAGUGACCGUAGCUAUCAAGGAUCUUAGCAAACAUUUUGACAUGGGCGAUCACGUCAAGAUCCUUGAUGGAGCAUCAGCUGGUGACACUGGUACUGUUAUUAAGCUGGAUGGCUCGGUGGCGACUAUCCUCACUGAUAACGAGCCUCGAGAAGUGAAGUGUCAGAGUUCUAACUUGAAGUUGACAUCGGAUGUCUCCAAGGGAAUCGAGAAGAUUGGCCAAUACAAGGUUGGUGACUUAGUCACUCUCAAUGUGAGCGGCUCCUCCGGAGUUGGGGUCAUAGUCAGCAUAGCAGCUAGUGGUACGACGGCUAAGAUCAUUGGAAACGACAAUAGACCUCGGAAUGUUCCUGUGGGAAGCUUGGGCCGACAUCGAGACUCCAACGUGGUGUUCCUAAUGGAUGUUAAUAACAAUCCGUUCAAGCCAGGGGCUCUUUUGAAGAUCCUUGCACCUCAUCCAUUAGCGGGCAAAGGGGCCCAGGUGAAGCACAUUAUGAACAAUGUUGCAUGGGUCAAGGUUAAUGAUCGUCUUGAGGACGGGGGUAUAGUAGCUAUCACAGGACACCAAGUGGAGCUCGUUGCCAACCGCGCCUUUACCGGUAAAGGGAAAGGAGGCAAAGGGAAGGGACGGGGCGGUGUCAGGCCGGAUGAUUUGGCGCCACAAGUGGGAUCCGGUCAUGAUCAGCAUCAUCAUCAGUCAUCUGGAGGCGGCAGUUGGGGUUCGCAGUGGGGUGGUGGCAACAACAAAAGUUGGGGGUGGAAUUCUGGAGGGUCUUCGUCAUCUUGGGGUCACCAUGAGAAGGGCAGUGGGGGUAAAGGAGGUCACCAUGGUGGUGGGAAGGGAGGAAAAGGAGAUUCGAGACUUGUCGGGAAGAGGAUACUCAUUAUCAAAGGUAUUUACAAGAGCCAGCGUGCCAACGUCAUUGAUGUCACGGAUACUAAGGUCUACGUUCAGCUAGAAGCGAAAGUCAAUAAGCGUUUAUUCAUCCCGAAGGACCAAGUGCGUGUCGAGUCUGAGAUCGCUGCAGCGGAGAGUUCAGGGAGUGUCCAUGUAUUACUGUGCAUGCCCUUGAAGACUCCUGCUGUGGGUUCGAUCAAGAGGAAAGCUGGAGUACUUGCGGUAGGUGCUGCCAAGAGAGGACGGGGGACGCAACUAGAUCGGAAUAUCUCCUUCGUGCCGCCUAGUGGUACCCGAGACUUCUUCCCGGACGAUAUGCGCAUUCGGGACUGGCUGUUCAGCCAGUGGCGUGCCGUAUCUGCUCAACAUGGAUUUUCGGAGUACGAUGCCCCCGUCUUGGAGAACGAGCAUCUAUAUAAGAGAAAAGCUGGGGAGGAGAUCGUCGAACAAAUGUACAACUUUGUCGACAAGGAGGAUCAUCACGUGACACUACGUCCCGAGAUGACGCCGACUUUGGCGAGGAUGGUCUUGUCAAGGGUCCUCCCUCUAAAGUGGUUCUCUAUACCACAAUGUUGGAGAUUCGAGACAACUCAGCGUGGUCGGAAGCGUGAGCAUUAUCAGUGGAACUGCGAUAUCGUCGGCAUCUCUGAUAUUACUGCUGAGCUCGAGCUCCUGGCGACGAUGGUUGGUUUUUUCAAAAGGGUUGGCCUCACCAGUGCAGAUGUUGGUAUCAAGGUGAACUCUCGGGCUAUUCUACAGUCUGUCUUGAAGGCCUCUGGUGUCGGUGCCGAUGAAUUCGCUAAGGUCUGCGUCGUCAUCGACAAAAUAGACAAAAUUGGACGGGAGGAGGUGCAGCGUGUAGUGGGCGUUGUUUCUGCUGCUUCAAUCGAGGAAUUCAAGAAGCUUGCCGAUGAAAACUGCACUCGAGGUGAGAGUGAACGAAGUUCACUUGGUGUAUAUCCUCUUUCAGAAAUGACCGAUUUGGAGGGACUAUUCGAUCUCGCUCGGAACUACGGCAUCGAUGACUGGCUUGUUUUCGAUGCAUCAGUUGUCCGAGGCCUUGCAUAUUACACAGGUAUUGUUUGGGAGGCGUUCGAUCGAAAGGGUGAACUUCGUGCUAUCGCUGGGGGAGGACGUUACGAUAGGCUUUUAUCGCUGUAUGGAGCCCCAUCGGAAAUACCAUGCGUUGGUUUUGGAUUUGGGGAUUGCGUAAUCUAUGAACUCCUUCGAGCGGCUUACAAGGGGAUGUACGGUCAGGCCUUGCAAGUGGCUGCCGGUCUCAGGUAA